GACAGGACAGGAUAAACAUAUCAAAAGUUAUGUCCAACACCAGUAUUUGACUGGCAGACAAAUACUUAGCGGAUGGAAGACGGAGGGGGAGCCCUCCUCUCUUCAAGAGUGGGCUGUGGAGAUGGCACAAGUUGCAGCAUUCGAAAAAAUGUCAUAUAAAACAACUGGGUAGACUGGAUCUAUAUGAAGCAAAGUGGGGCAAAUACUCACAAUUUUUAAAGGGGCUCCUGAAAAAAGGUCAUAUGGUGGAGAGAUGCAAAGUCAUUUGGAGUCAUUUUAAUCAUAAAAAGAUAUCUUGAAGUCAGAUGUGAAGGAACCCCUUUGAAGUCUCUCAGAUUUGUAUUGUUAUUCUUCCGUUGGUAAUUCCAGUACUGCAGCCUACACAGUAAGAGCUAUAGACGUGAGAACAGUGAUGUCCACCAGCAGGUGGUGCUGUAUCAAGGAAAAUGCGUAUUGGAUGAUAACUCUCACAUACGACAUCGGACAUUCAAAAACAUUAUAUCCAUUAAUUUCCUGAAUUGACCUGAAUCUUGUUGUGUAGGCCAUGCCCAUUUUCGCCUAGAAUUUACUUCCUGCUAAAUUGCAAAAAAUGUAAAAGCUACUUUUUCAAACUCCUGUAAUUUCCUGUAAAAGCUUUUCAGUGUUUCCAGGAAAUCAUUCAGAACAGAUGUUGGAAGAGCAUAUUGUGCAACCCCAGAAAACAUGAGCAUGGUUUGCCUUCAGGUCACCACAAAGCCUCCAACACGGCUCUUAAGUGGUUGCGUGUCUGGUUCUGAUUUGGGGUUUCUGAAGUUAGAUUCCUCCUUCAGUGAUUCUGAAAUUUCAACAUUUGAUCCUGAUUUAAAUGCGGUCUUCAUGUGUUCUAAUCUAGUUUAUUUUACUGUCCUCUGUUUUUACACUAUAUUCUACCAUAUUCUUCUAUUCUUCUUUGCUCCACUCUGCUCCACAGUCUCAGAGGUAUACAUGCAGAGAGACAUGUGGGUGAGCUGUAAGUGAUUUGUGGGGAAGACAUGUCUGGGUGGGAUGAAUGUUUAGUUCGAGGUCUGGCUGAGCUGUAAGUCUUGGUGAGAGGUCAGCUGUAUUGUAACACAGAGAUCAUACCAUGAGGUUAGAAGCAGGCGGGGGGGGGUCUGAGGGUCUGCAUGUUGCAGUUUUAAUUCUGGCCUGACGCUCCUGGUGAUCCCCAUGGAGAGUCGGGGCCUAGGUUUGGGUGAAAGUGGGGCAUCCUGUAUCCUGGCAAUUUUUGUCUCAGCAGGGUGAAUGACUCUUUGUCCCCCCUGCCCCCUCCUGACUUUCAGCUCAUCACUUCGCCAUUCUCUGGGCGUCUGUCGGAAACACCAUCCCUGCCUCCUUCUGGGCCAUGUACUACCUGGUGAGUCAUCCUGAGGCCCUGGAGGUCGUCCGCCAGGAGGUCCUGCACGUCCUGAACCUCAGCGGAGUCGAGUUCAACAGAGAUGAAGAUGUGACGCUCAGCAGAGAACAGCUGGACAAGCUUCUGUAUCUGGAGAGCACCAUCAACGAGAGCCUCCGUCUGUCCUCGGCCUCCAUGAACAUGCGUGUUGCUCAGGAGGACUUCAGUCUGCGGCUGGACAGCGAGCGCUCGGUGGCCAUCAGGAAAGGAGACAUCAUCGCCCUCUACCCUCAGAGUCUGCACAUGGACCCCGAGAUCUACGAGGAGCCACAGACGUUCCGGCUCGACCGCUACAUCCAGGACGGCAGAGAGAAGACAGACUUCUACAAGGACGGGCAGAAGCUCAAGUAUUACCGCAUGCCUUUCGGCUCUGGCUCCAGCAUGUGUCCUGGUCGAUACUUUGCGGUCAACGAGAUCAAACAGUUCCUGUGUCUCCUGCUGCUCUACUUCGACCUGCAGCUGGAGGAAGGUCAGAGCAGAGUCACUGUGGACUCUGGCAGAGCUGGACUGGGCAUCCUUUUGCCCUCUACAGACGUACGCUUCCGCUACAGACUGCGUGCAGUCUAGCCAGGACAUUGUCAAUGAUGGAAGUGUGUUUGUUUGUUUGUGUGUGUGUGUGUGUUUGACACACAGUAGAUGAUGUUUCUUCUGCCGCAACCAUGUCCUAUCAGAUGAGUGCUUAAAGUGCCCAAAAUAUAUAUUCUAUGAAAUGUGGAAAAACAAUGUGAAAACAAUGUGAAAACAAUGUGAACGUGGUCUCUUAUUUCAGCUCGACCUGACUGACUCGACUCAGUCUGACAUUAUUUGAUCUAACCUGACUCGACCUAAAUCAACCCGACUCGAAUCAACUUAACCUGACUUUUACUAUCAAAUAUUACACAAGCAGCAUCAACAGAAUUAUCACAGCACUCCAUUUCUUAAGUUAUCAGCUUCAUGUAUUUUGGAAUAUUAACACAUGCAUUUGCUUUAUUU